AUGCCCAGGUUCGACCCAUUCGACCCGACGGUGAGGCCUUUCAUUCGGCGCGGCUUCAAGCGUGCCCAGUGCGAAGGAAAACCUAACUUUCUCACCUUAAGAAAUGGCUUCCCAUUCGUUCUUGCGUGGGCGCUGGAACAUCAUGGCGUGCUUCCGGAGGACUUCGUCUGCUUCUACAACGAAAUCUAUCGUAACGAAUCCAUAAAUGUACCAGAUAAACAUUACACGAAGGGAAGAAGAAAGAGGUUGUUGUUCGAAAAGCCGUUGAAAGAGGAGUUUGUCCUCGUCGAAUGCGCUAGAAAGAAGUCUCCGGAGAUUCCAUUUCAUAGGCAGUUUCUGUUGAAUCCGCUCCUCAAAAAGAACGUGGAGAAGCGAUGCCGGAGGGUGCGCAGACGCACGCCGCACAACCUCAGCGUUAUAAUGCUCGGUCUCGACUCGGUUUCGUACUUGAACUUCGACAGGCACCUACCGGAGACAGCGAAGUUUGUGCGAGAGAAACUAAGCGCUUUCGAACUUCAUGGAUACAACAAAGUUGGGGAGAACACAUAUCCAAAUGGAGUUGCGUGUCUCGCAGGUCUUAAGGAGUUCGAAGCGGACCAGGCCAAUGAGUUCGGUUUCUACGACAAGCUGAGUUCAAGGUUAGUUUUUCAUCAGUAUUCAUUGCGCGGCUACCGGACCAUGAUGUUCGAAGAAUGGGUACAUCUGAGUUUGUUUACUUGGCUCUCGAGAAAUGGAUUUCGGCGCCAACAAACCGACUACUACCCGCGACACGCCGUCACACUCAUGGAAGAGCUAGGCAAGCCCGCAGACGAUGGUCUAAGCUGCUUGGGAUCCACAACAGAGACCCAACAACUUCUUGAUUAUCUUGCCAACUUCGUGAAAGUAAUGUCGAAGCGGCCGUUUUUCGCUUUUGCCUGGUUCGUCGACUUAACACACGAAUCGCUCAACGACGCAGCGUACGCAGAGGAGCCCUUCCGACGACUUCUCGGGGCUCUGCACGCUUCCGGUGCACUCAACCACACAGUGCUGGCCUUCUUCAGCGACCACGGAAUGCGGAAAGGAGACAUUCGCGCGACGUACCUUGGGAGGAUCGAAGACAUUCAGCCUUUCGCCUUUCUCGUCUUUCCGCCGUGGUUCCUACAGGAGAAUCCCGAGGCAGCUCGGAGCCUUCGAGUCAACCAGCACCGACUAACGACGCCCUUCGACUUGCACGCGACGUUCGUCGAUCUGCUCGACUAUCCCGUCCGCAAGCGACCACGUACUGCGUAUGGACUUAGCCUGCUUAGCGAGAUACCCGAGCAGAGGACGUGUGUCGACGCGUCCAUUAAGCCUAAGUGGUGUUCGUGCAAUGUCCAAGUCGAUGCUGCCGUACCAUAUACUCUUGCAUGGGCUAUGGCGAAUCGUGUUGUUUCUGACAUCAACGAGCUCUUAGCGCGGGAGACGAGAAAGUGUGCUAAGUACCGACUGCUCCGAAUUAUCGACGUCACGUUGCUUCAGUCGACGACAGCUGAUAUCGCAAGAAACUCGACUCAUUACUUGGUCGACCUCAUACUGUCACCUGGCAACGUCGUCUUAGAAAGCAUAGUGACCAACCAUUCUUUUCUGAGUUUAUAUCAGUUCUGA